AAGCCACCCAAGCUUCCAAAGUUGAAACAAGGUCCAAGUAGUUUCUCUCUCUCUCUUUCUUCCUUAGUUAUGAGUUCUCAAAAACCAACCAAGACCAAGACGGGAAAUGCAAACCCCGGCCCUUCCAGGAGACCCAGCGGGGGUGGCGAAAUGAAAAUCUACGUGCGGUCAGUAAAGCACGGAAAUUUUACGCUGGAGGUGGACAAAUCUAACACCAUCAAGGAUGUGUUAAUCACUAUUCUUCCUCAUGAGCUGCUCAAGUCAGGUUGGGAACCUUUACUUUAUUUCAAUGGCGAUGAACCACUGGAGGAAAUCUGCUCUUUGGCCGACUACAAAAUCCAGAAUGGGUCCAUCCUUAAACUUGAGGGCGAACAAGGGGAAGCCCGUGCUGGCCAUUAUGAGGAAGACGAUGGAGCCCGUGCUGACGAUGAUGAGAGACAGUGGCCAAAAGAAAUUUUGGGAAGAAAACAGAUUAAAAUAGCGAAUCAGUCUUCAGCAAUAUGGGAAAGAGCGCAUGAUAAAGUACUGCUCGAUUUAUUGGUAGAGCAAAUUCGAUCAAGUGGGAGAAAAAUACUAGACUAUAAAAAUAAUUCCUGGAGUGAUAUAGUAGCCAAGUUCAAUAAAGCAACAGGCAUGAAAUAUGAAGACAAACAUUUGCAUGCUCGCUUCAAUGUUUAUGAACGUGAAUAUAGAAUAUUGCGCAACAUCAAGCAUCAUCCAGAGUUUAGCUGGGAUCAUCAACGUCAAGUAGUAAUUGCCACGGAUGCUAAAUGGAAUGAAUAUAUUAAGAGCUGGUGGAGAAGGAUUGUGUAGAGCUGCCGGACUCCGUUGUGGAACUUGACUUUGCCAGUGAGAUGGAGAUCAUUGUGCAUGCAAUGGAAACAUCGUCCACAACUAUGUUCUACGAUUACGAUUUUCUACUAUUUUCAAUCAUCAUUAUUCUCUGUCAUUUUAAUUUAAAAGUAUUCUAGGAUAUUGUUGUUUUAUUUCACCUGCAGAAUAAAGAGCUGACAAAAAUAGUACUACAAGGGAGAACUAUCAAAUGAGGAAAUCAACCUUUUAGCAAUUUGGGUGAAGAACUACCCCAAAGCACUCCUUGAUUUGAUUGUAAAACAUGCGCAUAAUGGCGGGAGAGACAGUUAAGGCUUUAAAAUGGAUGCCUUGCAUAACAUAUACAGUGGCUAGAUUCAGCAAGACAAUAGCGUCGAAUUAUGAAGUUGAAGAUUUGAAAGACCGGUUGAGCUUUUACACAACCGAAUAUGAAAUGGUGAACGACAUCGAGCAACAACCAACGCGUAGGUGGGAUUACCAACGUCACGUAGUAAUUGCUACAGAUGAUGAAUGGAAUUGAUAUAUUAAGGCAAAACCCGAAGCAGAGCUUUUUGGAGGAGAAUAAUACUAUAUUUUCAUACAUUUUGUUCAUUGUCAUGUACAAACUCUGAAUGUGCAUUGUAACUGUAAUAAAGCAAACAAUUAUUUGAAAAUUUGUUACUUGACUAUUAAGCACACAAAGUAAACAUGAGAAUGAUUUCAAUUAUAUUGAAUGUCAUUUCUCAUUAAUUUAA